UGUGAACUGGAUGAUGUUAACCGUGCGCACGCGCCAUGGCCGCCCAAAACGCCGCCGAGUGGGAGCCCUGCUGCUGCUGGCCCUGGCUGCCCGCCGGACCGCCUUCGCUCCGGCACCGGUUAGUAUGGAGGGCGCCGAGGUCGAGCUGGAAGGCCCAGCGGACGGGCGGGAGCUGCUGCCGGGCGGCGUGGAGCCGCUGCGAUACGAGCUGGAGCUCGCCCUGGACCCGGAGAGGUCCAGCGCUUUCACAGGCGAGCUGUGGGUCAGUUUGAAUGUCACCAAUGAGACCUUCAACAUCACAUUCAACGCGCGGUCGCUGCGCUUCGAUCCGCAAUCCUUGGCUUUCUUUGGGCCCUCUGCAGUGGCACCGGUGGAGGUCACUGAGAAUGUGGAGGCGGAGAGAGUCACGCUGCGCUUCGAAGAGGCCCUGCCACUGGGGCAUGCCUGGCUGCACAUGACCUAUAGUGGUGAGAUGGGGAAGGAGGACAUGGCCGGCUUGUACACCAGCAGGUAUCAAGAUCGAGAGGGAUGGAAGACGCUCGCACUGACGCAGUUUGAAGCCGUAGAUGCGCGCAGAAUGCUGCCGUGCUGGGAUGAGCCCAGCAAAAAGGCGGUGUUUGCCUUGACUGUGGUCAUUCCAGCAGCCCUUACGGCAGUGUCCAACAUGCCAGCUGCUGCUGAAAUGACGUUCUUCAAGACGAGAAGAUGGAAGAAGAGGCAACAGUUUACCAAGAUUACCUUCCUUGACACGCCCAGGAUGUCCAGCUAUUUGCUAGCACUGGCAGUUGGCCGGUUUGACUCUAUCCAGGCGCAGACCAGCAAUGGCACCUUGAUCCGCAUUCUUACGGUCCCGGAGCAGGCAGAGUUUGGCCGCUUCGCCUUAGAUGUGGCUGUGCGGGCGCUGGCCUACUACGAGGAAUACUUCGGCGUGGCGUACCCCUUGCCAAAGCUAGACAUGCUGGCAGCACCAGACUUUGCAGCGGGAGCGAUGGAGAACUGGGGCCUGGUAAUUUAUCGAGAGGUGGACCUUUUGUGCAAUGUGAGCACCGUGGGCAUUGCACGGAAAGUGCGGAUAGCUACUGUGGUCACCCAUGAGCUCUCACACAUGUGGUUCGGGAACUUGGUGACCAUGGAGUGGUGGGAACAGCUUUGGCUGAAUGAGGGCUUCGCCAACUGGAUGCAGACGCACGCCGUGGAUGUGCUCUUCCCAGAGUGGCAUAUUUGGGAGCAGUACGUGGUUGAGGAGCAGAGCCGAGCUUUGCGCCUGGAUGCCUUGCGCAGCUCCCACCCAGUCGAGGUGCCUAUCAGCCAUGCGAAGGAGGUGGACGAAGUCUUCGAUGCCAUUUCCUACUGCAAGGGCGGCUCUGUGGUGCGUAUGGUGAACGGUCUCCUGGGCGAGGACCUCUUCCGCCAAGGCCUGGCGCUCUACAUGCAGCGCUUCGCCUACACAAACACAGGCUCGACAGACCUUUGGGCCUGUUGGGAGCAAGUCUCUGGAUUGAAACUGCAGAAGAUGAUGAGCACAUGGACCCGCCAACAAGGCUUCCCUGUGCUCCUUGUGAAUGCAUCUGAUGCAAGGGCCGGGCACCUGUCGUUGAGGCAGCAAUGGUUUUUGGCUGACGGCAGUGAACAACCGGGCGACGAGACCAAGCUGUGGCACGUUCCCCUGCUUCCCGGGCCCGCCUCGCGCGAGGCUUCGCCGUCCAUCCUGGAGACUCAGGAGAUGCUGUGGCAGGCGCCAAACGGGGCCGCCUGGGUGAAGUUCAACUUCGGACAGCUGGCGCCGUACCGCGUGCUCUACGACUCCCCACGCCUGCGGACGCUACUGGCAGGGGCGGUGGGCAGUGGCCAGCUGAGCGCGGUGGACCGCAUUGGGCUGCUGCUGGACGCCAUGGCUUUUGCCAAGCAGGGCCAGCUGCCCAUCGCUGAGCUGCUGCGCUUGGUGGCGGCCUUCAAGGGGGAGCAGUCCACCCACGCCUGGCAGGCGCUGUCGGAGGUGCUCACCACGCUGCACCGUGCUGUGGCGGUCGCCCAAGGCGACUUCAGAGCUGUGGACGUGGCAGUGGGCAACGGCCUGCUGCAGGGAGCGCUGCAUGAGGUUGGCUUCAGAGCCAAAGACGGCGAGGAGGAUCUGGUCAGGCACAAGCGCGCCCUCGUCGUAGGCCUGGCAACUCGUUACAUGCCCACCGACAAGGAGCUGGUCAAGGAAGCACGGCAGCGGUUCGAGAGCUGGCUGAAGGACCCCCUUCAGCAGGAUGCCCUGCCGGACGACUUGAAAACCUCCAUUUUCAAGGUUGUCCUCAUCAAUGCCGAAACCGAUGCGCCCUACCGUGCUUUGCGGCGCCUCGCCAAACUUUCUGACACCCCGCAGGCAGUGCGCCUCAGUAUUUAUUCUGCCCUUGGAGCAGCUCGACGCAAGGACCUUCGAAGGAAGACCCUGGAUAUGGCGCUGGGUGGCCGAUAUGGCGUUCGCCUCCAGGACAUCAUGUACCCUGUUCAGGGAGUCUCCAGUGCUGACCCUUCCGGGGCUCGCUUGGCCUGGCGGUGGUUCAUCCAGCGGCGUGGCGCCAUCACGGCCCGGCUGCAGGGCGCCAACGUGCGGCUGCUGGGCGUCGUCAUCCAAUGUGCCGCGGGGGCGCUGCCUGAGAAGGCCCAUGCCAACGCCGUGCAGGCCUUCUUCGAGCAGCACCCAGUGCCAGGCCUUGAGCGCAGCGUCGCGCAGGUGGUGGAGGCCAUCCGCACCGAGGCUGGGAUUUGAAAAUCGAGGCCUACCAGGAAUUCGCUGACUCCAGAGACACCGUGCUGGCGUCGGCCAUGCGCGCACUUGCGCGGGGAGGACGUACUCCAACGCUUCGAGAACUGAGCGCGUCCGCGGCUCCUGGACCGUUUUCCCCGGCCACUUGGCCACUUGGCCACUUGGCCACUUGGCCACUUGGCCACUUGGCCACUUGGCCACUUGGCUGGCCACGGGCCACUUACUAGCGAAACAUCUCGCCAGCGCACUUCGGCGAAUGCUGUGAAGCCGCAAAGGUGAGGCCGCUGGAGUCUCGAUUUUCUA